GUAAAUUUCCAACUGUCCGUCUCAUCAAAGGUUUGUUUUUAUUAAACAGUACAAUUGUUAAAUAAUUGAUGACCUGAAUCAUUAUAAAGUUAUAGCACAUAUUUUACGGGAAAUACAGUUGACUGCUACAGACAGCAGCAUGGAAUCUUUCAUACUAGAAAAAAAAGACGCUGUAACAAAAGAAGAAUCGCAUAGAGGGCAGUGGAAAAAUGGAUGUGAAUUUACCUUAUCAUUGAUCGGAUAUGGAGUAGGCCUUGCUAACGUAUGGAGAUUUCCUUAUUUAUGUGCCAAGAAUGGAGGAGCUGUGUUUCUUAUACCAUAUGCAGUCUUCUUGGUGUUGUUAGCGUUUCCCAUGACACUUUUAGAAUUAUCAAUUGGACAAUAUUCCGGUAAAGGUGCAUAUGAUGUAUGGAAUAUAUGCCCUGCUUUCAGAGGUAUUGGAGCGGGUAUGAUCGGUAUUUCUUUCGUCUUUUGUUUAUAUGUUAAUAAUAUAUUCUCCUGGAUUUUAUAUUACCUAUAUAAUUCGUUUUUAUCGCCAUUACCAUGGACAACGUGUGAUAAUUGGUGGAAUACAGACACGUGUUUUGUUCGAAAAAAAAUGAUGAGCAAUUUUUCGCGGUAUCUUGUGAAUAUGACAAACAAUAUAGCGAACACCACCGAUACUAUGCAUACAACAAAUUAUUCUCUGUUAACGAAGGCAGCAAAUAUAACAGGCAAUUCCAGCCUAAUACAGACAUCUACAGAAGAAUUUUGGAACUACAAUGUGUUAAGGAUAUCGAGUGGUAUAGAUGAUAUUGGUGCUAUGCAGUGGCACUUGGUUAUAUCAUUAGUGAUUGCAUGGAUCAUGGUAUUUCUCUGCAUAUUGAAAGGGGUAAAGUCAGUCGGAAAGGUAGUGUAUGUGACAGCUAUAGCACCAUAUAUUCUUGUUACAAUCAUCUUAAUUAGAGCUGCUACCUUACCUGGUGCCAUAGAUGGCAUCAAAUUCUACAUAAUUCCUGAUUUUAGUAAAUUAGCUAAUCCCCAGAUCUGGGCUCAAGCUAUGAUGCAGAUAUUUUUUUCAAUGGGAAUGGGCUGGGGAGCUCUUAUUACGAUGGCUAGUUAUAAUAAAUUUAACAACAAUGUCAUGAGAGAUACUAUUAUAUAUUCUAUUGUUUGUGAGGGUACUAGUUUUUACGCGGGGUUUGCUGUUUUCGCUGUACUUGGAUUUAUGUCCCACGAAACCGGUUUAGGUGUAGCUGAGAUUGUCCGUACAGGUCCUGGGUUGGCUUUUAUAACUUAUCCUGAAGCUCUCGCUCAGUUACCAGUACCACAGCUCUGGGCAGUACUCUUCUUUUUGAUGAUGGUAUGUGUGGCUUUGGACUCCAUGUUUGUUAGUGUCGAAGUUUGUGUUACAACUAUAAAUGAUCUGAUACCAAAUGUGACACCAAGAAAACGAUUGAUGGUUACAGCAUCUACCUGUUUUAUUAUGUGCUUGGCAACUUUAAUUUACACAACGCAAGCAGGGGUAUAUAUUUUUCAACUUGUAGAUUGGUAUAUGACUUCAGUUACUGUAUUUUUAACAACAGCUAUUGAAGCAAUUAUUAUUGGAUGGAUAUACGGCGCUGACCGUUUCAUCGAUGACAUGGAAAAAAUGCUAGGAAAGAGGCCCUCGGUGUUGUUUAAAAUCCUUUGGCAAUACGUUAAUCCAACUUUGUUAAUUGGGCUCCUGGUGUUUACUCUUGUUGAAUAUCAACCACCAUCGUAUGGAAAUUAUCAAUAUCCAUCUUAUGCUGGAGUUAUUGGUUGGAUAAUUGCUUUGAUAACGUCCGUACCCAUCCCAAUAUUGAUGGUAAAGGAGAUUAAAAGCAGGAAAGGCUCAAUAAUACAGAGAAUCAAAACUUCCUUCCAGCCUAAUGACAGAUGGGGUCCUGCAAAAGGAUACGGCCCCGUGGGUUAGAUGUCAGAUACCAAAAUGUGUGGUUUUUAAAAAUUGUCUUUACUGUGAUGAAGGUGUU